GAAAAUGGAGAAGGAAGUUGUGAUACUCCUACUGGUGACAUUGAUGUACACAUGUAAUGGCCAGGGGUCAGAAAGCGGUGAUCAGUGCUCCACCGUGAACAUCUACACAGAACUCAAGGAGCUGCGGUCGCUUGUGCAGGGCCUCACGACCAGACUCGACGCCACCCAGGCAGAACUGGAGCAAGAGAGAGCAGCCAGAAAGGUGGCUUUCAGUGCUGCAAUCUUGGGCCCCAACAGAAGCAGUCUGCACCAUGGACCCUUCAAUGUCGAGACAAACCUCAUUUUUCCAACGGUCAUCACAAACCUUGGCAGUGCUUACAAUGCAGAUACAGGCAUCUUCACUGCCCCAGUGAAGGGAUUGUAUUAUUUUCGAUACUCUGGACGUGCCUUCUCAAGUGAAAAUAUGGGUCUGAGCAUCUUCAAGGGAAGUACACACAUCGUAGCCUCCUACAACUACAAGUCAUCUGGAGACGGGGAUGACACCGUUUCCAAUGGCGUUGUUCUGGAGCUUGAGGUCGGGGAUCCAGUCUUCAUGCGCCUGUGGAUCAACUCCUGGAUUUCCACAGAUGACCGCUACAAGUAUUGCACCUUCAGCGGAUUUCUACUCACUCCUUUAUGA